AAAUGUAAAUGGUACAAAUUGAAAAUGAACCAAGAAACUGAAGAAAAUGCAAACUUAAACGUAUUUGUAGAAUACAAAGCUAUCCUACAGAGAUAUGUGUUAGAACAUCAUACAGAAAACUUGGUGGAUAUCUUACUGAAUGAGGAUAAUGAAGACCACUUCUCGGUUACUGUCAAUGCCUUGUCAUUGUUUGAACACAACAUGUCAAUUUGUGAAGUGUUGUUAUCAAAUCCUGACAAGUUGUUUCCUGUGUUUGAUGCAGCAAUGGUGGAGAGUCAAAGUGUCUUGAUGACAAAUCAUCCACAGAAACAUCUGAUGAAUGUUAAGAAACAUAUUCAUGCUAGAAUUAUGUCUUUGCCUGUUUGUCCUGAGCUGACCAGAACUACACUGCCUAGAACUGCUGAUGUAGACAGUUUCUUGUCUAUAACAGGCACAGUGAUAAGAACCACCAUUAUGAAGAUGUUAGAGUAUGAAAAAGAAUAUAUCUGUGCUAAAUGUAGAAGUAUAUUUACUGUAGAGGCUGACAUAGAACAGUUUUAUACAGUAGGGAAACCAAGCAAGUGUACCAAUGAAGCAUGUAACUCCACAAACUUCACACUAGUUAAUGACACAGGAGGUCAACCUGUAAACUGUAGAAAUUAUCAGGAAAUAAAGGUCCAAGAACAAGUUCAGAAACUAGCCGUAGGGACCAUACCCCGAUCAAUGUGGGUUAUACUAGAGGAGGAUCUUGUGGACACUUGUAAGGCAGGGGAUGAUGUCACUAUAUGUGGAACAGUUAAAAGAAGAUGGCGGCCAGCAUCUGUAGACAGUCGAUGUGAAAUUGAAGUUGUAAUGAAAGCUAACCAUGUUCUAGUGACCAAUGAACAGCGUAAUUCAGUUCUCGUCAAUCAAGAUCUGAAAAAGGAAAUCCUAUCAUUUUGGGAGAGUCGUUCUCAUCAACCACUGACGGGGAGAAACCAGAUCUUGACCAGUUUUUGUCCACAAGUCUAUGGAUUAUAUGUGGUCAAACUUGCCGUAGCUAUGGCUUUAGCUGGUGGGGUUCAGAGAGUGGAUGAAACUGGAACCAGAGUGAGAGGAGAAAUACAUAUGUUAUUAGUUGGGGAUCCAGGAACAGGAAAAUCUCAGUUUCUGAAGUAUGCCACGAAGAUCACACCACGAUCUGUUUUGACAACAGGGAUUGGUAGUACAAGUGCAGGACUUACUGUUACAGCUGUGAAGGAUGGUGGUGAGUGGCAGUUAGAAGCAGGUGCUUUAGUCCUAGCUGAUGGUGGCCUGUGUUGUAUUGAUGAAUUCAAUAGUAUCAGAGAACAUGAUAAAGCCAGUAUACAUGAAGCUAUGGAACAACAAACAAUCAGUGUUGCCAAGGCUGGAAUGGUUUGUAAACUUGAUACAAAGACAAGUAUCCUUGCUGCUACCAAUCCUAAAGGUCAUUAUGAUCCAAAUGAGUCAUUGAGUGUAAAUGUUGCUUUAGCCAGUCCAUUGUUGAGUAGAUUUGACUUAGUAUUAGUACUAUUGGACUCACAGAAUGAAGACUGGGAUAGAGUGGUAUCGUCAUUCAUACUGGAAAAUAAAGAUCCAUUAGGCGAUGUUGACCCAAGAUCUCUCUGGAGUAUGGAGAAGAUGCAGGCUUACAUAUCACUGGUUAAGACCAUUAAUCCAGAACUUACUGAAGAUGCUAGCAGGGUUUUAAGAGAGUAUUACAAGGCACAAAGAGGAGCUGAUGAUCGAAAUGCUGCAAGAACUACCAUGAGGUUGCUUCAGAGCAUGAUAAGAUUAUCACAAGCUCAUGCCAGACUGAUGUUCAGAAACACAGUAACAGUACAGGAUGCAGUGGUUGCAGUCACAUUGAUGGAAUCAACCAUGCAGGGAGCUGCAUUAUUGGGAGGAGUCAAUGCUUUGCACACAGCCUUCCCAGACAGUGCAGAGGAAGAAUACAAAUUACAAGCUGAACUGGUUCUAAACAGAUUGAGUUUAACUGAUAUUUUGGAAGAUGAGAUGAAAAUACUGGAGAACUACAAAAACUUAAUUGUAAAUGAGACGGUGGACAUUAGCCAACGGAGUAAUACACAGAAUAGUAAUAUGACUCAUACUGAAGUUAUCUCAGAAACUAUGGGUACGAUAACACAGAACUCUGUAGAUUCACAAACAUGUAAUAUUAACCCAUCACAGAACUCUGUAGAUUUACAAAACAGUAGUAUUUCACCAUCACAGAAAACAAGGGACAUUACCCAGUUGUCUAAUUAUCAAAGAGAAGUAUCUCCUGAAGCAGGUGACACUUCAACAAAUAUAAAAAAGCAGAGAUCAAUAAUAGAAAAUAUAACAAUCAAUUCGGUAUUAAGUGAAUUACCAAUACCUGAUAAUUCAACACAAAAUGGAACAUCAAAUGCUGAGACGUCUUAUCGAUUAAAAAGUAGAACAGAAAUUCAUCAGAAUUCUUACAAACAUUUACCUAGUCAGGAAAUUGAAAAAGAUGACAAAAAUAACAAAACAGAAUCAAAUUUACAAAGUAGAUCAAGAGAAAACAGUUUCGAUAGCUCUGUUAAUCAUAUAGACGUGUCAUUAGAUUUACUGAAUUGUAGUGGUGGAACAGAACCGUUCUCACUCUCUCAUCCUGUGGUUUGUCCAACUGUUGGACUAACUCCAGGUGAAUCAAAUGAUGUUCCUUUCACUUCAACACAACUGUCAAGGGUAUCUCCUAAAGGUCACAAUGAUGGAAUACAGACUUUGGACCUCUCGUCGGUUCUUCAUGAAAAGCAGGCAGAAACACCUGUUUCUAAAAAUCAUGUAGCUGGUGUUAUCAAGAAUAGGAAUGAAAGAACUCACAAACAUCUAAAUAGCAAAACAAAUGAAACACUAGAUGAGAAUUUAGAUUUCAUGGAUGAAAUUGAUGUUGAACUGAAAAGCAAAGGUAAACUCAUUUAUGUAAAAGAUAAAGGUGAAACAAAUAACAAAAACUUUAAAGGGAAGAGACUAGUUGCUAAACUUAAAUCUAAAAUGUGCAAUAAGGAACCAGAAAGAAAAAUGGAUGAUUUAGAAGAAACUGAAACUCCGGAAAAAAAAUUUAAGAAUGGACCCAAGAAAGAAGCUCACUCAAAUAUAACUAUUAAAGAAAAAGUCCAUCAUGAAAUGAAGGAAAAGAUUCCAGCAAGUACUAUUUCAAAGUUAAAACAGUUUGCUUUUGAUAAAGCUAAUUCAUCUAUUGCAAGAAAACAUGAACUGUCAGCUGAUGAAACUGAUAGGUCUGUGGAGGAUGUUCAUCAAUAUCAGGGUCAAAAGAGUGAAAGGAAAGUAAGCGGGGAAGAUAGCGGGCUAUCUGAAAGUAUGAUGUCAGGACAUCUAUGGAUGGACAGUAUACAAUCACAAAAUGUUACUAUUUCUAAUGCUGGUUCAAAUUCUCAGAUAAGAGGCACAAUUGACGAUUCAGCAAAAAUAAAACGUGCAUGCGAUUUAUUGAAUCUUGUACGCAACACAACUAAUAGUCACUCGAAAGACUCAACACCUUCAAGUUCACAGUCGCCAAACUUAUCUGUUAGUUUCCAGUCAUCAAACAAUAACUCAAGUGAGAUUGUACAACAGUGUUCACAAAGUCCUUCAUGGCUAACUACUUUAAAUUCUAGGAAAUUAUCUACUCCUGUAUUCAGUGUAACUGAUAAUGACGAUGAUUUAGACGAUCUUGACCUAGAAUUGGAUAUCCGUUCAAAUCCAUCUAAAAGGCAAAAAGUGUCAUGAAAAAUAAAUAUAUUUUACAUUCGCUUGA